UUUUCUUCUUCUUUUCUUCGGUAAAAUUAUGUUUUAUAGUUUGGCUUCCUCCAUAUACAUGUAUAUAAAUAAGCUUUUUUAGUUCUAUUUUGUCUUGAUUUUGCUAUUCACUUUAUUUUGUGUUUCCUAAAACUUCUUCUCCACCUUUAUAAAUAUGCUGCUGAUAGCAAAGCAGGACAAGCCAUUAGAUCAGCGUUCUUCCUAUAUUGAAAAGCUCUAUACAUACAUGUUUAUCAUUUUUAUUCUAGAAUCAUGCCGUUCCAACCAGUAUUAAACUUGCAUAAAGUGAAAUUAUAUAUGAGAGAAUAACAGGGCAGAAAAAUAAGAAAUGAUUUAUCUCAAGAAUCCUUUACUAAUAUCGAAAAAAAAAAUAACCAUCGAGACAGAACUGGGAUAAUUGCACAAAGUCUUCUUUUCAUUGCUAUAUAUUAGCCUCUUGCAAUGUGCAAACUUUUUCUACAUGCAGAAUGCGUAAAAGAUAAAUUAGCAGCUUUCAAAUGUGUCAAUGCAUUCCCUGUACACUACACCAUUUCGAGGAUCAACGUUUUGUUUCAGCAUUACAUUUUCGCAUUGUUUUGUUUAAGCAUUGUAAAGCUUUUGAUAACCUAAUGUACAUGGUAUUAAAGCUUCAUUAUUCAAUGAGAAAAAAAAAGAUAUUAUUAACAAUAAGAAUGCAAAC